UCUGUCUUGAAGGAAAAGAAAAAGCAAAAGGAAAACGUCGUGCUACUUAUGUUGUUUAAGCCCUGCUAUCUCCUCAAAUCAAUUUUAUCUACCUUUGUGAAGAGGAGGAAGACUGAGAUUUGCGAAAAAAGAUGACUCAAGACGUAGAGAUGAAAGAUAAUCAAACCCCAACUGAAUCCGUCGUCUCUGCUCCUACCUCCACGCUACAGAAUUUGAAGGAGAUUGCAGCUCUGAUUGAUACCGGAUCUUAUACCAAGGAAGUCCGUCGUAUUGCUCGUGCUGUGCGUCUCACCGUCGGACUACGACGACAGCUCACCGGUUCCGUGAUCUCUUCUUUCCUUGAUUUCGCUUUGGUUCCUGGAUCUGAAGCUCAUACUCGUCUUUCUUCUUUUGUUCCCAAGAGUGAUGAACAUGACAUGGAAGUCGAUACAGCAUCAUCUACUUCUCAAGCUCCUCCUAAGCAUUUACCCGCUGAGCUCGAGAUUUACUGCUACUUCAUUGUUCUCCUUUUGCUCAUUGAUCAGAAAAAGUACAGCGAGGCCAAAGCUUGUUCUUCAGCUAGCAUUGCUCGCCUCAAAAACGUUAACAGGAGAACCGUUGAUGUCAUUGCUUCGAAAUUGUAUUUUUACUACUCUUUAAGCUACGAGCUGACAGAUGAUCUUGCAGAGAUACGUAGUACUCUUCUUGCUCUUCACCAUUCGGCGACACUCCGCCAUGACGAACUGGGCCAGGAAACACUUUUGAAUUUGUUGCUCCGCAACUAUCUUCACUACAACCUCUACGACCAAGCAGAGAAGUUGAGAUCGAAAGCACCUCGAUUUGAGGCACACUCUAACCAACAGUUUUGUAGGUACCUGUUUUACUUGGGGAAGAUCCGGACGAUUCAACUAGAGUACACUGAUGCAAAAGAGAGUCUCCUCCAAGCUGCUAGGAAAGCACCUGUUGCAUCUUUGGGCUUCAGAAUUCAGUGCAACAAGUGGGCUAUUAUAGUUCGCCUGCUGUUGGGUGAAAUACCAGAACGGUCAAUCUUCACUCAGAAGGGAAUGGAGAAGCCUCUGAGGCCAUACUUUGAGCUUACCAAUGCUGUGAGAAUUGGUGACUUGGAGCUGUUUGGGAAUGUCCAAGAGAAGUUUGCAGAAACCUUUGCGAAAGACAGGACUCACAACCUCAUAGUCAGACUCCGACACAAUGUGAUCAGAACAGGACUGCGCAACAUCAGCAUUUCCUACUCCAGAAUCUCUCUACAGGACGUUGCACAAAAGCUAAGACUGAACUCAGCGAACCCAGUGGCUGAUGCAGAAAGCAUUGUGGCUAAAGCCAUUAGAGAUGGAGCAAUCGACGCAACCAUCGACCACAAGAACGGUUGUAUGGUCUCCAAGGAAACAGGAGACAUCUACUCCACUAACGAACCGCAGACUGCGUUUAACUCGAGGAUUGCGUUCUGUUUGAAUAUGCACAAUGAAGCAGUUAGAGCGUUGAGGUUCCCGCCAAACACGCACAAGGAGAAAGAAAGCGACGAGAAAAGGAGGGAGAAGAAACAGCAAGAAGAGGAGCUAGCUAAAUACAUGGCUGAAGAAGACGAUGAUGAUUUCUAGAUUUCAUACAAGUUCUUCUAUUUUGUCUGUUAUAAGAAUCGUUAUCUCGAAUUAUCUGACUUUUAUCUUGUUCUUAUGCACAUUAGUUCUUUCAAUUUAUGAUAAUCAAAAACUCAGAACUUUGUUACGUAUCUUAUUUGGAUUUGAAUUUUCAGAGCUC